UUGCAUUUUAACCUAGUAAAUUUUUUUUUUUAAUAGCUAAGGCAUAAAGAUGAAUCUGGGAUUAUUUAUGUAGAAUUGUGAAAAAUUUUCUCAUGGUGUUAAGAAAUUGUCUUACGGUAUAGAGUUAGGAUCUUUAUUUCAAAAUGAAUGAUGUAGUCAUUUCAAGGCAAAAUUAAAAACAGAUGACUCAUUGUAAAUUCCAACAAUUAUUUACUCUUGACUUGAAGAUCUGGAAAAUAUUUAAAGUCUGCUGAAUAAAGGCAUAGAGGCUUUUUUUUUUUUUUUUUAAGUUUUGGUAAUUUUCCUUUCAUUUCCUUUUGAGUCUUCUAGAAUAAACAGUUAUAAGUAGAAUUAAAGGCAUUUUACUGCAUAUUUGUUAUUAGUAUAUGUAGAAAGAAAUGUUCUAGUACUUAAGACAAACUACAUUUACCCUCAGAUUUUCUCAAGUCUUUGAUACUCUCAUGAGCUGAAAUGACAAUUUUUAUUGGAACUUGUUUCAUUUGGUUUUAAUUAAAACAAUUAAAUAAGGCUUAUUUCAAUUAAGUUAUAUUUUCUUAUGCUUUGAAAUUUGCAUUGUGAGGUUUUUUUGUUUUUUUGUUUUUUUGUUUUUUUAGUGUUUGGUUUGCCUUAAUAAUUGGAAGAUCUAGUAUUUGAAAAUAAGUAUUUGCAAAUGGUUCUUGUGUAAUAGAUUUUUAAAUCUAUCACACGAUUUUAGAUGUUUCAGAUUUUUAAUUUCUAAUUAUAAAUUUUAUUUAUAUUUAAAUAAAUUUUAUUUAUGUUUGGAACAUUUGUAUACUUCUUUGGUAAAUCUGUGCCUAUCUAUUCCAAGUUAGAGGAAAGCAUAACUACAUGGCUUUGUAAAUGCUUUACCGUGGAUGAGGUACACUGGUUACAUGAAGGAUAUUUGAGUAUAAAUUAUACCCUUGGCCCAGUUCACAACGCUUCAUCUAAUUUGUAUACUAGAAAUCCUUUAAGAGUUUUAUAUCUGUGAGAAAAAGCUUUUAAAAUAGAAGGCUAGUAUCUUAAGAAUCUAUGUGUUUACUUGUUACUUCAAGGCAAAUUCUUUGAAAGUAUUGGCCCAUUUGAUUCUUAUAACUCUAAUGAAGUAGAUGUUAUAGCCAAGUGUUUUUAAAAUGUAACUAAUUGUAAUAGGCUAUGGAGAAAGCUGUCAGUUUGAGGUGAAAGAAACUUGACAAUGCGAUUAUUUGCAAGGCACAGUCCCACCUUUAGGUAGCUUACUUCAUAGUAUGGGAUAUGCAAAAGUAAAUGGAUCCUUAUAAGAAAAUCAAUAAAUGCUGUGAUGAGAGAAAAGCCUCAUUAAUAAUUGCUUAGAUUUGAACAAGUAACUUAAAUUAGAAAUAAGGAAAGUUACUAUAAUGCUUGAUGAGAAAAACACCAAAAUUGUUUCUUCCCAGAAAAAUACCCACAUACCAUAAUUUUACGUAAACUUCCAGGUGUUCACUACUAUUGGAGGCUGAUCCAUGGAUCCUAGUUUAAGAACUCUUAAACUGGAGAGAAAUUAACAUACACUAGGUAUAGUCUCAAAAAGGGGUUUAUGUAAAUAAUUAAUAGAAGACUUCCUUAACUGCACAUAGUUAAAAAUCUUUCAUUUAACGAUUCAUGGGUUUAACAGACUACACCGAAAUGCUGCAUGUGGGAGUUGCAUAUCUGGUUAUCAUAUCACACUAUCAUUUCAUUAGUUUCACUUGCCAUGUUUAGUCAUGAGCCAUAAACUAUAUAUUGAGUUACAUUUUAGUAUGAGCGAUUAGAAACAAAGUUAAAAGAUGCGUACAACAUAAGUGUGGUUCAGUGUUCAACAGUGCAAAAAUUUAAUUGAGUCAUCUUGUACCUACAAAUUUGAUCAGUAGUUUUCAUAAAAAUUUAAAUCUAUUGGCAAAGUUGGAAAUGAGGCUUCAGGGUAUGGUUUAUAUUUAAGGUCACUUUCUCCUGAGUUUUUGUUUUGUUUUUAGCAUGUGUGUCUCAAGUGUUUUUUUUUUAAGUGAAGUUCAUAACAAAUCUUGGAGAGGAAAGCCUGAUGUAACCCUAUGUAAAAUUGAAUGCCCCAUAAUGUGUAAUAUUUUUCUUAGGAUCUUUUAGGGAAAGGAUUAAAUUCAUAUAAAUAUCUAUAAUGUGAUCUCUGCAAAUUGUAUGAUCACUUUGUAUUUAUAAAUUGGUAUUGGUUUGAAAUUUAGGUAAUAAAACCAUAGCCAAAAGGGCUUAAACAUUGUCAAACGCAGUUCUCUUACUUUAUAUAACUGAGGAAACUGAGAACCUGGCAAGGUUGUAACAGCAGUAGAAUUGAACUUGAACUAAAUCUCCUGAUAUUCAAUUUGCUGUUCAUUACAAUUCUCUCCGCCAUAUUUAACCUAGGUGUUUGCUAUUUCUCUUGAUGACAUCUUUAAUUUUAAUUAGCAUAGUUGUAUUGUCCAAAAUGCAGAAGUACUAUUUUCUUAAUUUGAACUAGUUCAAACGAUAGCAAUUUAUUGGUUUAAAAGUUGUAUCUCAUUUGAUAGCAAAUGUUAUGUAGUCAUUCUUUGGACAUUAGUCAGUAAAGAAACAGGCCCUUUUCCAAGGUGCUUGCAUCUGAGUACCUAACGCCACGGAUACUUCACCAUGGCUGCUAGAGGUGAAUUCUGUUUUUAGCUCUUUUAAUGGAUGACCUUAAGACUACUUGUGAUUUUUUUUUUUUUUCUUUCAAAAUUCAAGAAUUUAUCAUGGUGCCAUUAAAAUCAUUUUCUUCAUGUUACUCCCCCACCCCAAAAUUAAGUAGAGUCUUUAGUAAGACUCUUGAUUUCAUAAUUUUGUAGUGUUGAUAUUUUUUCCUUGUAGGAUUGGUGGUGAUCCUCAGGAAAUGGGGGAAGAGGCAGAGCAAAUGUUCAAAAGGAUUAGCAGAUUGUGGAAAAAAGGAGAAUUUGGACAGAAGGAGCCUGUUGCAUAAAUUCUUAACUACUAAGCUUAUAGGAAAACUACAAUAUUUAAAAUUUUAAACAAAGCUAUAUAGCAAGGAGUAAAUAAUGCUGAAAAAUUUGACUAUGUCAUGCAGUUUUUGAAUAAGAUGGCUGGUAAUGAAUAUGUUGGAUUCAGUAAUGCGACGUUUCAGUCUGAAAGAGAAAGUGGAGAUCGAAAUUUUGCAAUAGGAUAUUACUUAAAAGAAAAGAAGUGUUUUCCAGAAGGCACAGAUAUGGUUGGUAUAUUAGACUUCUACUUCCAGCUGUGCUCCAUUGAAGUGACUUGUGAAUCAGCCAGUGUGAUGGCUGCGACACUGGCUAAUGGUGGUUUCUGCCCAAUUACUGGUGAAAGAGUACUGAGCCCUGAAGCAGUUCGAAAUACUUUGAGUUUGAUGCAUUCCUGUGGCAUGUAUGACUUCUCAGGGCAGUUUGCUUUCCAUGUUGGUCUUCCUGCAAAAUCUGGAGUUGCUGGGGGCAUUCUUUUAGUUGUCCCCAAUGUUAUGGGUAUGAUGUGCUGGUCUCCUCCUCUGGAUAAGAUGGGCAACAGUGUUAAGGGAAUUCACUUUUGUCACGAUCUUGUUUCUCUGUGUAAUUUCCAUAACUAUGAUAAUUUGAGACACUUUGCAAAAAAACUUGAUCCUCGAAGAGAAGGUGGUGAUCAAAGGGUAAAGUCAGUGAUAAAUCUUUUGUUUGCUGCAUAUACUGGAGAUGUGUCUGCACUUCGAAGAUUUGCUUUGUCAGCUAUGGACAUGGAACAGCGGGACUAUGAUUCUAGAACAGCACUGCAUGUAGCUGCUGCAGAGGGUCAUGUUGAAGUUGUUAAAUUUUUGCUGGAAGCCUGCAAAGUAAACCCUUUCCCCAAGGACAGGUGGAAUAACACUCCCAUGGAUGAAGCACUGCACUUUGGACACCAUGAUGUAUUUAAAAUUCUCCAAGAAUACCAAGUCCAGUACACACCUCAAGGAGAUUCUGACAACGGGAAGGAAAAUCAAACCGUCCAUAAGAAUCUUGAUGGAUUGUUGUAAUGGUCUCAAAUCCCAAGAUUUAAAUCACUUACCUAUUUAAUUGUGGAAAAUGAUUAUGAAGACCGUGUGUAUUUCUAUCUGGUAGUGAUGUAUAUUUUACAUUUGUCAUUUCAGUGUUACUGGAGUUUUCUUCAUUGUGUGCACAGGACAAAUCUGAUCUCUUUGGGAAAAAAUAGAAAUAAAACAGUCUCCCUCCAUAAUGUGAGCAAUAUUACCUCGUGCAUUGUAUAAUUUGAUGUAAAAGAAAUAGUUACCAAUGCUAGCUUAAUUGUGUGGUCUUCCAUGAUUUAUUUGUGUUUUGUGAAUCUUCAAUUUAUGGUGAUGAUCUGCUGAUAUGCAUUUAUAAAUUAAGCUCUGUUGUACAGUCUGUCCAAAUGGGUCAAGGUUGCCUUUAGAAGCAAAUAGUGUGAUUUUCAAGACUUCAAAUACAAAUUUAGUUUGAGUGUUUGAACAACUAUGUGCACUUAUGGUUGUGUGUUUAAAGUGUCUCUCACCCUAGCUUCACGAUGUGACUCUUAAACAAACUAUAAUAGUUAACAACUGUUAGUAAGAUAGACCAAUUCUGAUUAGACUUUAUCAGGGAAUCUGUUUAAGAUAUGUUUGGUGACCAAAACAUAUGUGUGAAUGUAGUUAUAAUACUUUUGAAAAUUUUUCCUUUUUCUAUAUCCCCUUAGUCCAGCCUCUCUUCUCAUUUAGCUCUCUGCCUCUUUCCUUCAGCUGGGAAAGUGAGUGCUGGCAUACUAUGCAGUUUUUAUGUUUUCCAUAGUAAGUCAGAAAAUGCCUCCUAUUUCUGGCAUCAGAACUUUGCCAUUUGUCUACAGAAGACGAACCAGAAACAAAAUUACUAAGUAUAAAUUAGUCAAGUUUACCAGUCUAAAAAACGAAGGGAUGUGCAACCGCAGCUCUUUAAGAAGAUUUUUUUUAGCUUCUAGGGUAAAGAUAAAUUCAGAAAUGCUCUAAGCUACCAAAGUUAUUCUGAAAGUAUGGGAACUGCUACAACUAACAUUUGUUUCCAAGCCUGUCAUUAAGAGUCUGCACCAAGAGCUUUGUCCUCCUUGGGGGACCAUUGGAUCAUUCCAGAUUUCUUGUGAUUUUCUAUUGUGUAAUUCUUGGUGGGCUCUGUAGUUUAAUAAUAAGAAAAAGGCCAUUUCAUUUUAAAUUGUGAUCUCUAAUUUUCUUUGUCUUGGGUUGGUAAUUCAGGAUUCAUUUGGAAAGUGGGUAAAAGGGGCUUCAAAAAACUGAUAGAACAGGAUUUUCUAGGAAUUACACAUACAUUUUAUCCUGUCAUACCUCGAGAUAAAGAGGCAUGUUAGUGAGGAUUUCUGAUAUUAAGCACACACACACAUGCACACAAAUGGACUUCUCUGAAGCUGUGUUUAGUGAAACGAGCUUAAGUACAUGAAUGUUAGUUGUUGCCACAUACAGCAAUUUCCUUUUCCUUUUUUUUUCUAUGAGCACACACUGCUGCUUCUAAGCUUUACCAUGCCUGAUGGCACCUUACUCCAGCAGCCUCCAGGUGCGUUCAUUUUCACUUCCAGUCUAAGCCAGUGGCUCCAGCCACUGCCCUCCCAUUACCUAGAUGGCACCUCGUUUGGUGAAACCACGGCCAAUGUUCCUUAGCUGCACCAGGCCCAAAGCUGUUCCCACGCUUCAGCUUCCGUGGGGAGGAUGGUGAGUGAGCAGUUUCCUAUCCUAUGGAUCUGUCAAGCCAUGGAGACAGGUAGCAUUUGCAAGAUGCUGCACAGGAGCAGCAUUAUCCCCAAAAAUAUUACAGGGUAGACAUGUUUUAACUGAAAUCAAUUGAGAUAACUUUGCUCAAACAGCAGCGUGCUUUGUGUGACUAAAAUGAAACAUUAAGACAGUUCAAUCGUGUGACUUGAAGAUUACCAAUGAUUUUGAGGCUUUUCUAUAAUAAAAAGAGGUUCUAACCAUUAUUUGGGAACAAAGAGAGUUUUCAUCUUUUUUCAGAUCAAAACCAUUCUGUAAAGUCUUUGUUGUUUAAUUAAAUGUGCCCUUAUUUACCCCUGAUGUUAUUUAUGACUAUGUGCCGAUUCCUGCUCGGGCUGUUUGCUGUUGGCUGGUAAUAAUAUAUUUGAUUUAAAUGCUGUUGACUGUGCUAUAAACUGCUGCCGUCAGUAAACUCCAAAGAUCUUUUUGUUUUGGCUUUAGUAUCAUAUGUGCUUUUUCUGUAUCAUGAGAGCUCUAUAUGGUCAUGUUACAGCUUUAUAUACAUUGUUGUUUUUGCUGGUCUCAUCUUUGGUAAUAAGCUAUACCCCACUGCUGCCCGACACUGCCCUUUAGCUGCAGAGCUGGAUUAGCUAUUGACCAUUUGAUGCUGUUGUCUGUCUGGCAGGGACUGAAUGACCUGAUGUCAGAUUUAGAUUCUUCCUGGGGAUUAUACAGCUAUGAAUGUAUUUGCUUCUAAAACCUCCCAAAGUGAAUCUAAUCUUAAAACUACAAGUUGUAAGUAUUCUGAAAUUGGGAAACAUUUAUUUUAAAUGCAAUCAGGUAGUGUUGCUUUUUACAGCAUAAUAAAUAUAUGUAUCAAAAAAAA